UUGGUAUCAGAUCCAUCGCAUGCACUUGCUACCGUAAUGUCGAAUGUUGUCAAAGGCGGCGAUGAUGUUGCAAUUCCCACUCGUGUAAUGCUGUUGCGUCUUGGAUGUAAUUUGUUUCGUACAUCAGAUCCAUCUAUGCCACUUGCAGCCUUCUCACGACCAGGUGGGAAUGAUACUGCGACAGAUACACGUGCACUGUUUACAAGUAUUGCCAUAGAUAAUCUUCUUUCCUCCAAUAGCCAACUCUGUCAAACGGCAACCAUGCUCAUGUACAAUAUUGUAUGGUCAAUCAGUCAUUUACGAAAAAUCAAGUUGGACAGUAGCAGGACAGGAGCCAAUCCUGGCGUGAUGGCGGACGAAGGAUGGGUUUGUGAAAUAGUAGCAGCAUUAUGUAGCGCAAUUCAAUCCAAAGCAGAGUCAUGCCAAGAAUCAGCAGUGAAGGAAGAGGAUGAAUUGGUACUGCGGUUAGUAGGAGGACUUGGAUUAUGUCUUGUAUUUACAUCGGAACAGGUGAUUGAAUUAGCACAUGUCGUAGGCGUAAUGUCUUCAUUGAAGACAUUGAGUGCAAUUUACACCCAACAUCUCAAGACUGCGAAAGCGAAUUCAACUUUAGACGCAAAGAGAAAGGAUAAACAAGAGUUGAUCAGCCAUUUAUUGAACGAAGUGAUUCAACUGCUGAACUCGAAAUAAAACGAAAAUGUUGAAU